AUGUAUGUGAAUUCACUACCCGUAGAAGUCAUCUUAGUGAAAUUAAUGGACCAAUGGGGAGACAACAAUUAUGAAAUGUAUGAAGAAUCCGAAUUUGAAGACACUAAGAAUGACGACGUUGAACCUACUAUGGUUGAUUUGACUAAUGUGUUUACCAUCGACAUGAUGUUUGAUACGCGAGAUGAUUUAUUGAGAUUGACUGGAAAUAAUAGAAGGAAAAAUGGAAUUGUUGUUGUCAUUUUUAGAUCUGAAACUGCGACAACACGACCUAGAAUAAAGACAAAAUUAAUUAUUGGUUGUGAAACAAGCGAUAAAUAUAGACCUUCGAAGAAUCCUAAACCUAUGAGGAGUACUUGGACUAGAGAAUAUGAAUGUCCAUUUAGAUUGAGAAGAAUAUUGUCAAGUGUUGGUGGGGCAUGGUAUAUGCUUUCUGAGUGUGCUGAUAAUUUUGUGUGGACACUGCAAAUGUUGAAAGGACAUAUUAAAAGUGUUGAAGUUCAAGUCAUCGUUACCGAUAGAGACCUUGCUUUGAUGAACACAAUUCAAUAUUGGAAUAAAUUAACUAUUCAUGAUGAUGGAUCGGAUAAACUUUUAGAGUUAUCUGUGAAACAUGAAAUAGACGUGAUAGUGAAAAAACUUGAUGAACUUGAUGUAAUUGGCAAACUUGCACUUAAAGGUCUACUUGAAAUGGGUGAGAACUCUUGGACAUUCAUUCAUCAAGAGUGUGUGGUAGAGUUUCAAGAGUUCAUGUUUCAUUACGAGAGAAUAUAUGAUUGA